GGAUGCCGAGGAUGCCGUGGAAACAUACACCAGGUCCUUCGAGCACCCUCAUACCCUCGUACAGCACCACCCAAGUCCAUCCAAAUCGUCAACAUGAAGUAUUUCGUCACCUCCCUCAUUGCCCUGAUGGCCUGCGUCGCCUUCGCCGAAGAGGCGGCCAAGACAGAUGAGAAGAAAGACGUUGAAGCACGCGGCGGAGUGCUUGGCGGCCUCGGUGGAGUCGGUUACGGUGGCGGCCUCGGUACCGGUCUCGGCACUGGUUACGUCGGCACCGGUCUUGGCGGUGCUGGUCUAGGAGGCGCCGGUCUUGGCGGUGCUGGUCUAGCAGGCGCCGGCCUUGGCGGUGCUGGUCUAGCAGGCGCCGGUCUUGGCGGCGCCGGUCUAGCAGGCGCCGGUCUUGGCGGCGCCGGUCUGGCCGGCCAUGGUCUCGUGGGUCCUGGUCUCGUGGGCGGUGGUUUGGGCCACGGUGUCGGCCUCGGCCACGGAUUCCAAUCGGGCUACGGCGCCACCGCCGGGAGCCAGCAGGGCGGGUACCAGGGUGGUGCCGCCGGACACAACCUGGGAGCCGCCGGAUUCGCCGGUGGCGCCGCUGGCAGCAAGGUCAACUCGUACAACAACAACCAGGGCUACAGCCACAGCUCCGGUUUCUCUUCUAGCGACGGCAAGACCUUCGGCGCGGGCAACAAGCAGGGAUCGUCUGGAUUCAAGGGAGGAGCCGGAGGCCACCAGGCUGGUUUCGGACAAGCCGGCUAUGGCGGAGCCGGAGGCGUCGGUGGUGCUGGCCUUGGCCUCCACGGCUAGUCUGUGGAUGUCCACUUGAUACUAAAGAUCGCGCUGUUCUGCUACCAAGAUUGGCAUAAGUCGAAACGCUUCCGAUAUUGUUAGAAAAAAUAAUUGUUUCCAGCACCAAUGUCUAGUUUUUACUGUUGCUUUUUGCGAUUACGUUUUGCCCAGAAGUUGGCGGAAAUUGUUUCAUCUACUGCUGUUUUUUGUUUACAUUUAAUAAAGUUGUGAAGACAAUU